GCCAGAGAGACUCCAGCAUGGUCCGAAUAUCAGAUUACAUAGACUUCAAUGAGGAGGCACAUUACAUAAGACUUGUAUCCCUCCCUAUCUAAACAAGGACAUAACACAGAGCAUACUCGCGGCUCAACGCACAGUCCCGGCAAAAGAGAGCAGCACUAAGACUUGAAGAAUGCCAGCUGGCUGAGUUACCAGAGCCUAUGACAGCAAAGGCAUUCCCUUCUUCCAGCACCAGCAGUCCAGCUGCAAUGAACUGCUUUGAAUUUUCUCCCAGGACUCUGCAGGGGAGUCAUCACCGGAAUACUCUGCAUUCAAACUCAAUCUCAUGCUUACAGAGGAAGCAAGAUGCUGCCGAAAGCUGAAGAAAUCUGAUCUAAAACUGGCUCAAACUUUUACCUCCUUUCUACUACGACUCUACAGAACGAACACGGAGGCAAAGCAGACCUAGGCUGUCUCAGAAAAGUUGCCUGGACAGCAGUCUCCACUGGGUUAAGAUGGACAGCACCUUGCGGACUUUAGGGGUGUUGCUAAUAUUUCUGUUUACUGCAGGACACUGUGCAAAAACCAUGUCAGAAAUCCAGACCGGAGCUUCAAAAAGACUUGCUCGGUCAACAGAUAAUAAUGACGGGAAAAGCUGUGGCUAUACAUUCAUGGUACCCCAGCAGAAAAUCACUGGGCCAAUAUGUCUCAGUACCAAAGGCUCUGCGCCAAACAAGGACCAGAUGACUAAGAUGGACUUGGAAAACCUUAAAGACUCUCUAUCUAAGCAGAGGCGAGAGAUGGAGAUGCUACAAAUUCUAGUGGAUGUUGAUGGGAAUAUUGUUAGUGAGGUGAAGUUACUAAGAAAAGAGAGCCGAAACAUGAACUCCCGGGUGACGCAACUUUACAUGCAGCUCUUACAUGAAAUUAUUCGCAAAAGAGACAAUUCCCUUGAAAUCGCUCACCUGGAAAACAAAAUCCUCAAUGUAACGGCUGAAAUGCUUAGAGCAGCCACGCGGUAUAAAGAGCUAGAAACAAAAUAUGCCUCCCUUGUCGAUUUGGUCAACAACCAGUCUGCCAUAAUCACACUUCUAGAAGAACAGUGCAUGAUGGUCUUCUCCAGGAGGGAUAGCCAGGGGUCACCACCUCUAGUACAGGUGGUGCCACAGCACAUCCCAAACAGUCAACAGUAUACACCUGGACUAGUAGGUGGCAAUGAGAUCCAAAGGGACACAGGAUACCCAAGGGCCAGGGACAGCCGGCAGCCACCACAAGCUCCAGCGCCAACAGUCAGUCCAUUUCGCGUGCCUCCAGUGACCGUGAUCAAUGAAGGCCCUUUCAGAGAUUGUGCGCAUGCCAAAGAAUCAGGAUUUCCCAGCACUGGUAUUUACUUAAUAAAGCCAACCAACGCCAAUAGUCACAUGCAGCUAUGGUGUGAGAACAGUCUGGACCCUGGAGGCUGGGCAGUGAUACAGAGAAGAUUUGAUGGAUCUGCUAACUUCUUCAGGAACUGGGAGACAUAUAAGAAAGGCUUUGGAAACAUUGAUUCAGAGUACUGGCUGGGACUAGAGAACAUCUAUCAGCUGACAAACCAGGAUAACUAUAAACUGUUGAUUGAACUGGAAGACUGGAACAAUAAAAAGGUCUACGCUGAAUAUAGCAGCUUCCGUAUAGAGCCAGAGUCGGAUUUCUACAGACUGCGACUGGGGACAUAUCAGGGCAAUGCUGGAGACUCCAUGGUUUGGCACAAUGGAAAGCAGUUUACCACACUGGACAGAGACAGGGACAUGUAUACAGGAAACUGCGCUCACUUCCAUAAAGGAGGAUGGUGGUACAAUGCAUGUGCACAUGCCAAUCUAAAUGGUGUUUGGUACAGAGGAGGAGUAUACCGUAGCAAGCAUCAAGAUGGAAUGUAUUGGGCAGACUAUCGUGGAGGUUCCUAUUCACUCAAAAAGGUCCAGAUGAUGAUAAGACCAAUAGACUGAGGCACAAUGAAGGACAAUGUUGGACGGCAAA